UGCACGUGCAGAAGUCCUGCUCGGUCCAACAUGGGGAAGUCCAAACAGACCGGAAACCAUAAGGGCGACAAGAAGAAGAACAUCGCUAAGAAGUGGAAGACGAAGCGCCGGACCAAAGAUUUGGACCAGAUCCACUCGGACAUGAAGCCGGAAACCGCGGCCAAGCUGCUGCGUCAGGACGUGGACUAUGACGUAACGGGAUGCGCACAACACUACUGCUUACACUGCGCGCGAUACUUUGUCGACAUGCGAUCCUUGAAGGAGCAUUUCAAAACCAAAGUGCAUAAGAAGCGGUUGAAGCAGCUGAGGGAGGAGCCGUACUCGCAGGCGGAGGCGGAGCGCGCCGCAGGGAUGGGAUCCUACAUCGCCCCGAAAACCGUAGAAGUGAAAACGCAACCAGUGGAGGAAAACAUGGACUGAACGCUGCUUAAUGGACGGACUCUCAUUAACAGAAUCCUUCUGUUAUUUAUUAUGAUUACAAAGCUGCUAUUUUUAUGACAGCUUGUAACUUUCUGCCAUCUAUAUCCAUGUAGGCCUGGAAUAAUAAACUGAAAAACUACAUAUUAAAAUGUUAAAAUUCUAGCUUUCUCUGAAAUCACAGAAUAAUUCCUAAAGGUAAUUAAUUAAUUAUAAUUUUGAAUUGAUGUAAUUUUGCAGUAUACAAAUAAAAACUGAUUUGGUAAGACUGAUAAAAUUAUAUUUAAAGGGGAUUUUUUUAAAAUGCGAAAUUCACAUUUUGCACAUUUCUUCCAUUUUUCUCUACUGCUUCUAGAAACAUCCCAAGUGCUUAAAAAAACACCAGGGCUGAUUUCUGGCAAUAAUUUCAUGUUUUCUAGUGUCUAGAAAUGCAAUGUAACAAAUCAGCAGGCAUAGCCUGUUGCCUAGUAACCUCUAGCAUAGCCUAGCUCUGUUACCGAGCAACUCCGACUGAGUUCCAGCAUUUGGUCAGGUGGUUUUACCUGCUGUAUGCGCUUUACAAUGGCUGCUGGAAAAGACAAGUGUUUUGUUCUUGACUAACCAUAUCUGUUUAUCCAAUGUCAUUGGUGGCUAUGCUAACUUAAUUGGUAAAGUUACAGGAUUUUAAACAAUCAAAUUAAUUCCUUAUUUAACUUAUAUUAAAAAUGUAUUUUAAAAAUUCAGUUCAAAUGCGGAACUGCAAUACCUAAUAAAUUUAUAAUCUUGAUAUUUUUCACAUUA